UGCGAGGCGCUGCUACAGGCGGGCCACGCCGGCCGCUUGAGCCGCUUCCUGGGCGCACUGCCCCCGGCCGAGCGCCUACGUGGCAGCGAUCCGGUGCUGCGCGCUCGGGCCCUGGUGGCCUUCCAGCGAGGCGAGUACGCCGAGCUCUACCGGCUGCUCGAGAGCCGCCCCUUCCCCGCCGCCCACCACGCCUUUCUGCAGGACCUCUACCUGCGCGCGCGCUACCACGAGGCCGAGCGAGCCCGCGGCCGAGCGCUGGGCGCAGUGGACAAGUACCGUCUGCGCAAGAAGUUCCCGCUGCCCAAGACCAUAUGGGACGGCGAGGAGACCGUCUACUGCUUCAAGGAACGCUCCCGCGCCGCGCUUAAGGCCUGCUAUCGCGGCAACCGCUACCCUACUCCGGACGAGAAGCGCCGCCUGGCCACGCUCACCGGCCUCUCGCUCACGCAGGUCAGCAACUGGUUCAAGAACCGGCGACAGCGCGAUCGGACCGGGGGCGGCGGCGCGCCCUGCAAGAGCGAGUCUGACGGGAACCCCACGACUGAGGACGAGUCCAGCCGAAGUCCCGAGGACCUGGACAGGGGCGUGGCUCCAGCGGCGUCUGAGGCCCCCGCCCAGGGCUCCAUAUUUCUGGCGGGGGCCGCCCCUCCGGCCCCGUGCCCCUCCUCCUCCUCCAUCCUGGUGAACGGAAGCUUCCUGGCCGCAGGCAGCUCCCCAGCCGUGCUCCUCAAUGGGAGCCCCGUCAUCAUCAACAGCCUGGCCCUGGGGGAGGCCUCCAGCCUGGGCCCCCUGCUGCUCGCAGGGGGCAGUGGCGCUCCUCCUCCACCUCCACCACCGCAGCCCGGUCCCCAGGGGGCCAGCGAGGGCAAGACCUCCUUGGUCCUGGACCCUCAGACCGGGGAGGUUCGCCUAGAGGAGGCCCAGCCGGAGACCCAGGAGACCAAAGAGGCCCAGGGGGCUGCUUCGGUGCCGGCUGGAGAGGAGGCUCCGGGGCCUCUACCCCAAGUGGUGCCCGGCCCCCCGCCAGCUGCCACCUUUCCUCUGGCCCCAGGACCAGUACCUUCUGUAGCUGCUCCCCAAGUCGUGCCACUUUCCCCACCCCCUGGGUACCCCGCAGGCCUGGGCCCCACCUCCCCACUGUUGAACUUGCCCCAGGUGGUGCCCACCUCACAGGUGGUGACCCUGCCCCAGGCCAUGGGUCCACUGCAACUGUUAGCCACCGGGCCUGGCAGCCCUGUGAAGGUGGCGGCCGCAGGCCCUGCCAACGUGCACCUGAUAAACUCCGGCGUGGGCGUGACCGCCCUGCAGCUGCCCGCCGCCACUGCCCCAGGGAACUUUCUCCUGGCCAACCCCGUGUCUGGCAGCCCCAUCGUGACCGGCGUGGCCGUGCAACAGGGCAAGAUCAUCCUCACCGCCACCUUCCCCACGAGCAUGCUGGUCUCCCAGGUCCUGCCGCCUGCCCCCAGCCUGGCCCUGCCCCUGAAGCCCGAUGCCGCCAUCUCGGUGCCGGAGGGAGCCCUUCCCGUGGCAUCCAGCCCUGCCCUCCCGGAGGUCCACACCCUCGGCCCCCUCUCUGGGCCACAGCCUCCACCCGCCCCUGCGGCCCCCGCCGCUGCCGCCGGCCUGCCCUUCCCUGCGGACUCCUCCGGCCUCCUGCCCGGUUUCCCAGCGCCCCCGCCCGAAGGACUCAUGCUGUCGCCUGCAGCAAUGCCCAUCUGGCCAGCAGGCCUGGAACUGAGCGCAGGCACAGAAGGGCUGCUAGAAGCAGAGAAGGGGCUGGGGACACAGGCCCCCCACACCGUGCUGAGGCUGCCGGACCCCGACCCCGAAGGGCUGCUCCUGGGGUCCACGGCGGGGGGUGAAGUUGAAGAGGGGCUGGAAGCCGAGACCAAGGUUCUGACCCAGCUACAGUCGGUGCCUGUGGAAGACCCCCUGGAGCUGUGACCCGGCCGGGCCUCCUCACCUCUCUGACAAUGGUGCUCAAGGUCUAGGAUGGCCCCCGACGAGGGGACCGGUUGACACGACCGCUGGGAGCUGAAGAUUCCACACACUACAUGUCCCCGGGCCCCUUAGGCUCCCCAAGGCCUGGAGGUGCCAGGGGGCUCCCCACUGUCUGCUCCAGCCCAGGGACACCGACCGUCCUCUGGAUCAGAGGCCUUCUCUGUUACAGUCCUCUCCUUGCUCUGCCCCCAAUGUAUGGGGAGAUGUGGGGGUCCUGACUCAGGGGCUGUGCCCCCCUCACCCUGGUACUGGCUGUGAGCUGAAAGCCCUGCCACGUGGCUGGAUUGCCAGCCCCCUUAGCCCCCUCCCUGUCACUCUCUAAAACACUAUUAAUAGCUCCACUGACAGCCAGUGUUCCCAGAACCACUUGGAGGCUGGAGGACAGGCGUCCGGCAUGGGAACCGCCAGCCCCUCCCAGCCCGGCCCUUCCUGCUGAACAGGGAGGCAGGUGCCGGGAGGCCCGGGUGAGGCUUCUCCUGGACUAGAGGCCGCCCGAUCACGUCCAGCCCCAGACCAAAGAUCCCCUCACCCCUGGGGCAACCCUGACCCCUGUGUCUAGUUUGUAUCAUAAAUCUUUAUUUUUCUAGGACAUGUUAUGCCUCCAUUUCAAUUAAAAUAAAGUUAACAGACAACUAGAACCUCCGGG